AUGUCAAUGUCAGAUUCUGAUUCAUCUUCCUCUGGCGGAAACGAAUACAAGACCUUCCGCCAGAUCAGCCGCGAAAGUGAGUUCUCUAUGCCCGUUCUUUAUCCCCACUCUAUGAAUCAUCCAAUUAUGGUUUGGGCGGCCGAUUUCUCUCCUGAAAUGUGUGGAAAUACAAGAUCUAAUUGGUGCUGUUUUUCCGUUUGACCUUUAAUAGAAUAACUUUUUUGACAUGUGAACGAGGGAGAGUGAAAUAUGAGUUUCAAUGUACGAGCUCUAUUCUCCACCUUUCUUGCGUUCCGCUGGGUUAAUCCCAAGUUUCGUCUCCCUUUAGUGUUGUGGAGGUAAGAGCGGAGAGAUCUUUAUCCGGAAGUUUUUUUUUCUUUUGGGAUUGAUUUAGCAUCCUCUGUGAUGGGGUUUGUCACUGGCUUGGUUUAGUCGGGUGAUGGAAUCGGACGAAGUGUGCAGAUAAACUGAGAAAAACAUUUAUAGCCUUGAAUGUUUUUAGAAUCUUUUUUGAGGAGGUAUUGUGCGUCUAGAUGCAAAUUUUCUGCUUGCAUUCGAGGAUGUGCGUCCUGGUAACGUCGUGGUGGCUGUGCAGAGUGAGAUCUUGAAUUCUAUCACCAUAGUUGUGGAAAACACUCCUAGUACAAAGUAUGAUACAUGAGUGCAAGACAAUACUAGACUCGAGAUGACGCUUAUAAGGAGUAGUUAUUCAAGUAUGAUAUCUCAGUUUUUUGGAAGAAAUCCAUCCUUCCUAUUCCCCUGAUAAAUUCCUUAUCAAUGAUAUGAAAGGAAAAUCCUUCUGGAUGCUUAAAAAACUGUGGGCGAAGAAAAUUUGUUUGCUUGCUCAUUUCAACUUUCUUGAUGGCCAGAAUUUUUUCUCCCUACCCCCUGAAAACAGGUGUAUCACAUUACACUGGCAGACUGGCAAACAAAAAGAAUGCGGAAACACAUAUACAUACAUGACAAGGCACUCAGAAAGUUCCUAAAAACCUUUUAAGUGUACCUUGUUACAGUGAUAUGAGUCUGCAUAGCGUUGGUCAACCAAUCAUUCUAUAAAAUAAGACAAUAUCUACUUGUUCUGCUUGUGGUUUAACUGGCCUUAUUAUAUAAUUAUUUAAUUUUCCAUUUUAAGAAUGAUUGUAGAAAAAAUAUCUAGAAAUUAUCUAAUUCUUUCCACACUUCAUGUGAAUUGGUAAAUGAUAUGUACAUAAAAUCAGGUAGUUUAGGCGACACUUUACAUCUACAUAGUUUAGUUGGCAUGGGAUGUUCUUCUAUCCCAAAGGUGUUUAAAGGGAAGCCUAACCCUUUCUUAUGUUUGCGAAAACUGUUUGUAGGCUAUUCCAUUUACUUCAUGUGAAAAAACAAAGUAACGUGAUUACUCUCAUAUAACAUAAAAUCCACUGCACCACAACUCAAAAGCAGGAUAAUUCCAGAGAUGGAUACAUGAAGUUGUGGGAGUAUCCUUUCCUUUAUUAUCUUUGGUCAUCCUUGAUAAGAUGUUUAUCUGAUCUCAAGAUUGUGCCAACAUGUCAGCUAAUCUCUGCACUUCUCUUGUUUUUUUUUCAUCGUCUAGACAUAUUUUUAAAUGUGGUCGUUACAAAACCUUUUCUUUCAUUCUUUGUCAAUAUCCAUGUUUCCAUCUUUCUAAUGUGGUAUUUAUGUUUUGUGCAAUUCCUUCUUAUUUUACGAGUCAUGGAUAUUAUUUAUAUAAUGUAGUAUAUUUGCUUUUGGCUACUGAUAUUCUUAUGACAUUGGUUUACUAGGAUUGUUACAUGAAAUGCUUCGAUCUGCAAGAGUAAAGGACUCCAAAGGAGCUUGGAAGGUACCUUCAUAUGAGCAGAUAGGAUUGUGUUUGAUUAAAUAAAUGUUCAUUAUAACUGUCUUAUUUGUUGAAUUUGUCUCGUUCUUGUGAUGAAUUUGGUUUGGGUUUCAUUCUUGUCAUUUUCUGGCUUCUAAUUUUUUUCCUCUUUCAAUGGUCGGGAUGCUUUUUGAAUUAUUCAAGGUUACUGGAGUCUUCACAAUGAUUGUCUUGCCAUGAGAGUGAACUAGUUAUUUGGAUGCUUUCCUUCCAGCACACUUUUGGGGGUAACAAGUGCCAUUCAAUUUAAUUUCUGUUUACUAGUGCAGUUGUUAAAUAACUUAUAACGUUUAUUGUAAACAUAAUUUAUGUGGUAAUAUAUACUCAACACCAAUUUAGUUGUAGUGGUGUGGGAAAGACCAAUUUGGCUUGUAAUACUCCACCUUUUGCUCUUGACUUUGAAGAGGUUGAGAUGUUAAUUCGUGUCUGAUCUCCUUGAUUUUCUUGGGGUAAGCGUGUCAUCAAUGUUGCCAGUUGUUGAAUUAGUUGUUGUAUGAUUUAUUUCGUGCCUUUGCUCUCCUCUUUGAGUGUCUCAAUAUCCACCUCAGUGGAUUCUAUCCUCGCAAUUGUAAGCCCUUUAACCAUGCAGGAAUGGCUAGGAGUAGCUCUGAUACCAGAUGAUAAGGCUCCAACUUCCAAAUGGAAAUUGGGGCUUAUUGAAUAUAUAAAAAAAACAAAAAGAACAAUGUCCGAAGUAGAAAAGAUAGAGGAAGAGACGGAAGAGAUAAAAGGGAACCGGAUACAAUCGCCUCAGAUCUAGGAUAAUAGUAGCUGCUUGACUGCGUAUGAACUUGAAUCAAUUUCUCUAAAGGUGCCCCUAAAGGUGCCCCCUUUCUCCUCCUUUCCUUUAUUUAUAUCCUUCUUUAUUCAGAGAUAGUCCCUGCGCAUUCUUUAGAAAGUUCCUAUGAUUCCUCUAGUCAGUUAGCAGCUCCCUAUAAUCUCGCAUUCAGUUCUUCUCCAGUUGGACUGGGGUCUUCCUCCUAAAAUAAGUGUGUAGAGGCUUAUCACUUUUCCAUGUGAUUUGUUUUCUUACCUGGUUUGAGGCCUUGGAUUUUUUCAAAGAAGCCAGCUGUCAGCAAUAUGGGACUAUUCAUGUCAACCCUUGGGAAGGAUCUGAGAAAUUUACAACCAUGAUAGACUAAGUUACAUAUCUUCCUUUAUUUCUAAUCUAGUUUUAUAAUUUCUUUUCCCGUUUGGCCUGUAAUCCUUUUCAUUUUUCUUCUUUUGGUUGCUUUUGAAGUUUAAUUUCUCACACUAUCGGGAUUUUAGUCUGGUCAAUGCAGUAUGUUAUUUCUUGAUGCCUGAUCGUUGGUGUUUAUUAUGCAUUGGAUCACUAAAUUUAUCUGUCAUUUGCUUGGAUAUGUUCAAAGGCUACCUUUCUUUCUUGUUUUUUGUUUUUUUAGUUUAUGGUUCAUUACUAUAAUUGUGUUUUCGAUAACACAUCUACGUUAAUAUUCUUUAAAUGAAUGAACACUGGGUAACUCAGCGAAAAGAAGGUGAUUACUGUGGUAAUUUUUAAGUUGAUUUAAGUUAAUUGGUUCCAGGUACUCAUUAUGGACAAGCUUACAACAAAAAUAAUGUCCUACUCUUGCAAGAUGGCAGAUAUUACAGAGGAAGGAGUUUCACGUGAGUAUGUGCAUGUCAUGAUAACUUUUACAUGUGCAUUCUCUUUGCUGGAGCAACCAGAAGAAUAGUUAUUUUUUCAAUCUCUUGAUAAGUCCCUCCUUUUUUCACUUUGCUUGGUUUUUCACCCUUGCUACAUACCAGAUCCUAGUUUCGUGGUGACAUAAUGUUAUACUUUUAAGUAAAAAUAAUGUUGAAGACUCUCACAACAUCAUCCCUAACAUGUUUUACAUGUGAUAUUUGUGUCUUGUUCUAUCAUGUCCUGGGCUCUAAUUGUAUUGGAGUACAUGAAUAACACAUUUAUGUUUUGUUUUGUAGUAGUUGAAGACCUUUCAAAAAGAAGGCAGCCCUUACCUUCAAUGGAUGCAAUAUACUUUAUCCAGCCUUCGAAAGAGAAGUAAUAAAAAUGUGAAUUUGAAUUUCUUAAUUUGUUUUCAGUCUUAACUAGCAAGUUCUUACAAGAGUGUGGGAGCUUUAUGCGUGAUCUUAUUUUUUGUUCUUAUUAUUUGCUGUCUCAGCUAAUCAUUCCGCUCUUUUUUUAUGUUAUGAUAGUUGACUUGAUCAGUCCUCGAAGUUUUUAUCAAUCACUUAUAAACUUUGUUGGAGUGCUAAAUUACCUACUGAUGCAAAAUAUUAUUUGGCAUAUUCAUAAAAGUUUUUUUUGUCUGAAAUCUUUUGUGUUACGAAAUUUUACAUUGCCAACCAUUUAAUUUGGAAAUUUUACAUAUGAGAUCAAUAUGUUCGAGAGAUUAUGAACGUGAUGAAAAGAAAAAAUGAAUGAUGGGCUACCAAAUUCAGUUCUCCUGGCUGCAGUACAAAUUUCAUAAACUUUGUCAAAAUUUUCUAGAAACUUGAUUCAGUCACUAUUUUUUAUUCGAAACGAUUCCAAGAUAAUCUUUUCAUUCACUGGCCCUAAAAAUAGUUUGAAAUAGGUUAAAGAUAAUUUGAAAGACUUCUCACAGUGCCCAAAAUGUGUGGGUGUUGUGUUUUGCGCCUCAGUGUGCGUUGCUGUGUUGGAUCUUAGUGGGGCAGUCAUAAGACCAUGCCGCGUGACUUAAGUAAACUUCACAAUGCUUAGCUUGGGUGUCUUUUUAUGCAAUGUAUUUUAUUUGUAGAACUGCAAGACUAGGACUUUACCUUUUUUACUGCAAUGAUAAUGUAGUACCCUAUCAAUGUUGCUGAGUAUGAAAAAGCGUAGUAGGGCCAUGUUCUUCUUCAUACCCCCCCCUCAGUCUACAUUUAGAAAUAGAAAAACAUUUGAGUUUCACGUUUUGUUUGACUACUGCAAAAUUGCACUUUAUAACUCCUCAAUAACUGAUUUGCUACUCUAUUUGCAAGUUUGACAUAAUUCUUCUACUACAUAUUCCUAAUUAUGGAAUUUUCUGCAUUUUCAUUUAGCUAUGCAUUGGUUCUUUUCCUCCUUUUGCAUGAAUGGCAUGUAUCAACUCUCCCCAUGCUAAUGCAUCGCCUUUUAUCUUUUACUAAUGCAUGCCACAAAUUUAAAUGGCUUUCACUCAUUAUUGGCCAAAAUUGCUAAUGCAUGUCGUAAAUUAAAUUGUUUCUUUUCUUUAAUCUUUGUAUAGUAGAACCAUUAUUCAGCUUUGUUAACCAAUAUAGAAAUUCUACUAUUCGAAUGUCCCUGAAAGCUUGGUGGAUCAAUUUUCAUAAAUGAGGCUUUAAGAUUGUCUUCAUAAAAGGCUGCUUUUGCUUUCUCAACUGCAAGUAUCAAAUAAAUGUUUCUGCAAUUGAGAUAUUCUUUAAAGGAUGGCUGCUCUUACGGUGAAUCUAGAUUACGGUUAUAAACUGGCAUCCAAAUCCCUGUUGUUAGACACCAUGAUAACAAGUUCCAUCAUCGUUAUUUUGGCUGUUGUUGUAAAGUACAAUGCAUUUCCUAGUUUGAUUGAUGUUGCUUUGAAACCCAAGAAAUUUAGCUUUUUAGAGAGCCAUUGACUCACAAACAUUAUCAUUAAGCUUGUCUCCAAAAAGAUGAAAUUUAUGAUUGGAAACUUAAUUUUCAUACCAUGUAAUAUAGAAUUAGCUGAAUAGUAAACAUAGAAACUCACUUAAAUCCACUGAGUGGCAAGAGUAAGAAUGAUUUUGGGUGAAAACAUGCCCUUUUAGUGUUCUCUCUUGUUUAAAUAAUAUGAGCUAUUUUUGGAUUUACUAGAAAAGGAAAAUAAGUGCAGUAAUGGCUAAAAUAAGUGAUCUCUUAAGGAAGAGGAAACUACUAAUAAUGUUUGAUUAAAUUAGGGGUUUCUCAAAAAAUUGUACUAUUACCAUUUGUGUCUUCUUUUUUAAAACUUCUUAGUUUUUUGCAGCUUUCUGCUUAAAAGACGGUAGCUUCGUAUCUAUUUUUCUAUAAGCUCUUUGCUUUCAAAUAAAAUACAAGAUGAAAACUGUUUAUGCUUAACAACUUUCAAAUCCUUAACAGUAUCGUAGGGCUUAAUAAAUUAGAAGGAUUUCGUGAAUGGGAAAUAAGAGACCACUCAGGGGACGUCAAGAAUCACAUUAGGUGAUUUUGGACCGUUCUAUUUACAGAGAAGAAUAAUUGGAGACGUUAGUUAGUAGGGGACAUUCCCUCUAGACUACUUUGAGAUGAUGGUAGUCAACUCUCAAGACCAUUUCUAUUGAAUGAAGUAAUGGCAGCUUCUUUUGCUUUGCUGGUAGAGAAGGUUCUAAUAUAGGAAGGAUUGUGCUUUGUAUCUUUUUUGGAACUUUGAAAAAUUGUUAAACGUAGGUUGAAGAAGGCAAUAUUGGAGUUCCAUUUUGUUACGGCUUACUUGAAGGGCUUAAGGAAGACACUUUUCAUCUUAUCUCCAAAAACACUAGAGUAGAUAGGCUGACGUUAUUCUUGUCAGCCUUUUAUAUACAAUAUUUUUGCAAAAUUAUUGGUUGCAAGUCUUUGAAGUGUGGUUAACAAAAUAAGUCCGGAAUGUCGUCAUGAAGGGGAGAUAAAUUUAUCAUAUGAAUGCAUUCACAAACGAAAAGAGUCGCUACUUGAAGGAACUGAUUGUGAAGUUUUGGUUUAAAAAGGUUUGCUAUCUCAUAUGAAUUUGCAUUACCUCUAGUAUGUGGAUUCAGAUUGAGUCAUUAUUGUUAAUAAUGAUAUCCUGAGAUUUUUACAGUGAAUUCGAACAGUGAUACAGAGUGGUGAUGGCGGGUUCUUUCUCCUUUUUGUGGAUGGCUGUCAUUAUGGAUACCAUUAAUGACAAGGAUUGAAUGAAGCGGCAGGUUGCCCAAAUUGAAAUGCAAACUUCUUUAUCACAGUGGAGCAUUGGAGUUUGCUAUCUAGCUCAUCAACUUGCACCAUUUUUAAUGCUGGAGAUCAUAUCAAUAUGCAUUCAUUGUUGUAGAAAUGUUGAGGGAUGCAAAGGUAGGGGUCGUCAACUUCAGCAGAUAAUUUACGAAUGUAAAAAGAAAUAUGGGUUAUGGUUCAAUUCGACAUUUUACUUUGUAGUGAUCAUGGGAAAUGAUACUAAUAGAAGAGGGAUUUUAGAUGUAGGUAAUUAGGGAGAAGUACCACUAAAGAGGAAGAUUUUGAGACUUACAUCACAUUACUACAAAUAAUCUCUUUGAGUGGAGAGAACUUAUGCAGGUCAGCAAUGCAUUGAUAACUGUGCGAUUUUUCUCCAGAAUUUUUAGGUGAAUAUAUUUCAUACGUUCGUAUUGAUUGAGAGUUCAACCUCAGUGCACUAAGAUCUUACUGCCUUAAAAUAUUUUUAACACAAGAGUCAAUCUAUGAGAUAGCACAAAAUUGCUGGAUAUGAGGAAGAAACCGAAGGUGAAGAUCAAAAUGUUAAAAAAUGGUGAAACAUGAAGGCUUGACAUGUGCGUGUGCAUUUCUUUGGGAGAUGUUUUAUUUUUGGUAUCUCAUUGAACGUAUUCUAUUUAUUUGGAGAUCAUUUGUUUUAGCAAAAGUUGCUUAUAGUUUCUAGAGGGGUAGGUUUUGGCUCAAGUUAUCUUUUAUCUCCGCUCUGGUCAUGGAUUCAAGGUUCUUCUCACUUAUUCCUUUCAAGGAUAUGUAUCGGGUUUUGGCUUUCAUCACACUGUGGUGUUAGAGCGAAGUUUUGAAUCCCACAUUUACCUUAAUUAAAAUGCUUUAUGCAUGUGGAGACAACCUAGUUGACAAUGUCGUUUAUGAAGAGAUGACUAUUUCUUAAGUCUUAAAGCAUCAUGUCAAAUAUUCCAAGAAAUGCAUCAUGCCUUGCCACAAUUAUUGGCGAGAUAUAAUCUGCUGUAACUCAAGUGUAAUUAUAAUAUGGCGACUAGUAGCAGUAAUUUUAACAUGGUGCAUCCCGAAUCCACCACAGGAAUUGUCAUGUUACAAAAAUUUGGAUGUCGAAAAACAAUCAGUCACUAUUUGCAUUAAGGGGUAACGUAGGCUGAUUUGAUGAACAAGAUUCAAAAGACUUCAUUAUGUAGAUUGAUUUACCAAGUUUUUUUAGGAUUAUUAUUGCAUUGAAUUUUUUUUGAAUUGAUGGACUGAAGUUUGGUGAUUUUUUAACAACAUUUAGAUUGAGGAGGAAAAGUAGUGAAGUUGUGUCUAUCAACAGGAGGGUGGCUCAUCUGCUCGGUGGGAGUAUGUUCAGACUGUAUGUUUGAGGGAGGGAAAUGAAUCGAUGCAAAUUUUGAUAGAAAUGAAAAACCCAUUGCAUGCUUGAUUUCUUCCCUCGAGCAUGAACAUGCUUUGUAUCAAAAAUAUCAAACUUGUAAACAGGGUAGCAAAUCUGUUAUAAGGUGUGUAUAAAUAAAUAUAUUGACUAAACGAUGCUUUUGUUAAAUUUCUAAAAAAUAGUGGACGUAAGCUUAUUGAAUGUGUCAUAGCAAGUUUAACUUAGUAGUGUGCAAAAUCUGUGGACAUCAAUCGUUUGAUGAAAUAGCUAAUAAUGCCCAUGUAUCAUUGAAUCUCAAAGAGGGUUGAGUGGAAUAAUAUUUUCAAAGAAAAUAUUCAUAAUUGUAGGCAUGGCCAAUAGCUUAUGCAAUAGGUCAUUUUCCAUGUUCUUUGGCGCUUAUUAAUGUAUCAAUCCGUAGACCAAUAUAUGGUGCUAUUAUGAAUUAGUAUAAUAUUUGAUCGUUAACAUAGUUCAAAGUUUCUUUUUUCUUUCCUGUUUAGCUUCUGUACAUGAAAGUUGAUUUGGAUUUGUAAUUUCGUGCAAAGUUUUCUCACCCAUUGAUGUGUAACUUGCAGCGUAGUCAUGUUCCUCUCUGACAUGUCAGGGCGAUGCCCAUUGUACAAAAAGUAUGUGACGUACGAUAUUUGAAAAAACUAUGCAUCACAGAAAUCAGUCUCUAGUGAAGUUUACUGAUUUGCGUUUUUACAGGGCAUUUAUUUUCUUCAGCUCACCUAUUUCUAAGGAUUUAGUAGCCCAGAUCAAGAGUGACACAAGCGUUUUACCUCGUAUAGGCGCAUUGAGUGAGGUCAAGAACUUUCAUUAUCUACUGCACUUUUCUUUUUUGGUUACAGAUUUCAACUCCUGCUGUUCGGAUAGUGGCUUGUAUCUGAAUAAAUCAUGCCUUUAUCAAAAUUUUGCAUUUGUGAUAGUGACGCUCUUAUUCUUUUGAUUAACAUAUGCAGAUGAACUUGGAGUAUUUUGCUAUUGAUAGUCAGGUAGAUGCUCAUCAUUGAUCAUUACCUUUCUUUUUGCUCUUUACACUGUGUAAUCCUUGGGAUACAUGCAUUGAUCCAUUUUUUUUCACUAGUCAACAAUCCCUUAAAAAUUCAAACCUUCUUUUCAUUUAAACCUCAGGGCUUCAUCACUGACCAUGAAAGGGCUCUAGAGGAGCUUUUUGGAGAAAAUGUGGAGAAUUCUCGUAAAUUUGAUUCUUGCUUAAAUACAAUGGCAGUUCGCAUCGCAACAGUUUUUGCGUCAUUGAAGGUAAGAGGCUAUGCCUGUGUAUGUUCUCAUGAGUUAAAUAUAUGCAGUAUUAAUGUUUCAAAUAGGUCUAUCUCUUGGGAAUGCCAAACUGCAGAGAGUCUACUGUUGAGCUAUUCUUUAGGAGUAUAGAACUUGUUUGGUCAAGCGGACUCCUACAUUAGUGUUAUGUGAAGAUAAAAUCAAAUAUGCUGAGACGAUCCAUGUAGAAGGGUGCUUUACUUGAGGUGUCUCGUAAGGGGUACAUUUGUUCAAUGAACGUAUGCUUGUCAAUGUAGAAGAGAUCUGCUUAUGAGGGUAAUCUGGCAUUGUGCGUCAAAGGGAAAUUAUUUUGUGGUAUGUGAUGCUAUCCGGUUUAUAUUGGAUAGUUUUAAAGCCUUUGUAAGUUUCACUAUGGAAAUUCAUCUGUUGGAUGCGUGAUCAGAGUUAUUGUCAGAUUUCUCAUGCUUAUCUACUGGCCAAAGUUGACCAUGGAUCUGCUUGGAUGAACUAAAUAGAAUUUAUAUUUUUCUUAUUUAGGCGUUGAUUUUCUUAACAUUCUUUUUCUUCUUCCAAAAGUGUUUGUAUUGCCUUCAAUUCUGAAUUGAUGCCAUGUUUUAUGAAAGCUCCGCCUAUGUUAUGUAUAGUUGUAAUUUUUUUUAUCAAUGGGCUUAUGGUUGAUUAUGGUCUCCUUCAACUGUAUGCUAUGUUCACAGGAGUUUCCUAAUGUGCGGUACCAUGCUCCUAAAUCAUCGAAAGAUGCAAUGACCGUGACAACAUUUCGUGAGGUUGUACCAACAAAGCUUGCUGCUUUAGUUUGGAAUUUUCUGAUGAAGUAUAAAGCCACACUUCCCACUUUUCCCCAGCAAGAGACUUGCGAAUUACUUAUUGUAGACAGAUCUAUAGAUCAGGUUUGAAAAUUGAACCUAACAAGCAAAACAUGUUGUUGCUAGUUUGAAAUAAAUGUUACUUUUGAUGAGUAUUUGAUUUUCAUCUUGGGUGCUUUUUGGUGAUUAUUUUCAGAUUGCUCCCGUAAUUCAUGAGUGGACCUAUGAUGCCAUGUGUCAUGAUUUACUUAAUAUGGAGGGGAACAAGUACGUUCAUGAGGUAGUAUAGUCAAUAGUAGACUUUGAUCUGGGUAUUUUACGUGAAUUUUUUUCAAUUCGCUAUAAGAUGCCACCUUGAAUAUGUGUUUUUCAAUUCCACGGUUCUUUGAUUUAAUUGAAUGUAUUUCAAUGGGUAAUUAUGAGAUAUAGUUAUCCGUGUCAUUUCUGUGAUAAAUUCUUAGGUAACAUCUACUUUUAUACCAUUUACUGGGUGGUGUUUUUUGCAAUGGCAAAAGCUUCUUUACUUCAUGUUAUCUUAAUAAAGAUAUGCAUGAGAUUAGCUUCAUGAAUUGAACCAAUUUUUCGUCUAGAUGAAUUAAUCAAUGUUAACAAAUACUUUAUGUUUAUUAGGUUCCAAGCAAAACAGAGGGUCCACCUGAAAAGAAGGAGGUUCUUCUAGAGGAUCAUGAUCCAAUUUGGCUUGAGCUUCGUCAUGUGCAUAUUGCAGAUGUGUGUUUUUCUGUUUCAGAUUUCCUUUUAGGUCGAUGCUCUUCUUUGUGUUAGCUGAUUUAAUAAACUAUUCUCAGGCAAGUGAAAAGUUGCAUGAGAAAAUGACGAAUUUCUUAUCAAAGAACAAAGCAGCACAAAUUCACCAUGGUUCUAGGUACGUUUUUACUUGCAUCUUUUGUGGAUGCACAUUUUUAUUUCGGUUUGAUUGAAAUCACUUUGGAGAUUAAAAUCCGUACAGCUGCAUGCGUACAUUUUCCUAUGGAUUACCAAUGGAAUAAAAAACGGUCUGCUGCUCUGUCGUUUUUAUAUGCUGUAACUAAUUACUAUUGAAGCAAUUUUACCAAUCGCUGAGUACCUGAGUGUUGCUAGCAGACAGACCAAUAACUGUUCACAUACAAAGAAUGAGGAUUGUUUGCUCAGUUGAUGUAUGAAAUCAGUGAACAGCUAUAGAAUAUAUAAUCUUAGUUUGGCAGCAUAAUAUCAAGAUAACCAUUUAUGCAGCUUAUCAAAAUUAUCAGCUUAGAAAGCCUGUGCUCAGGAAAUUCAUCUUUUGAUGAUUGUAAAGCUUAAGAGUUCAAAUUGUCCGCGAAUUAUCAGUCCAAAAUUUGCCUUUCAUUACUUUCCAUAUUGGAUUCUAGGUAUGUGUUUUGUUACUUGUAAAACAUAUCCAAUAAAUCUGACAAACCAGACAAAUGCUUAUCAAGAAGAAUUCGCUACUGUGCUAUUACACUAGUUCAGUGGUAGAGUUCUGAGAAUUACUGAGAAUUUGGACUCGCUUUCGGAUUCUUUGUUGGCUUAUUGGUUUUCCGGUUGGACAUCUGGCCGUCUGGACCUGGAGAUGACCAGCGGGAUGAACCUAGUCAUAAACUCCUUGUGUGGUGGAUGUGGUCACUGGUGGAAUUCAUUUCAAUUACUAUAUUGUUUUCUUAGUUUUGUUUAAAUAAGACAAGUUUGAUGUCUCUCAGUUGCCUUUUUAACCUCAUGUGAAGGCAGCAUUAUAAGGGCAAAAAUGAAUAGAAUACCGUGUUAGAUUUCGGAAUGCGUUUAUCCAAUGAUGCUCAUUGUAGGUGAGUUUUUGGCUAUUCUUUUUCUUGUAGUUUUACAAAUAACCUAUAACAACUGAUUAUGGAGGCUCUAGGUGUCCUGACUUGGUUAAAGGAUACCGUUUGGUUCAUGAAUCCCUCAUUCACGUACUAGAGUGCUAGAGGCAUGUUUCUCAGGAGUCAUUGCUGGAAAUGGAGGAUAUCAAUGUGCUACAUAUCGAUGUCUUCUUCUGAUUUUAAUUGCAAUCCUAAUAGAUUUAUAAGAAGCUUGCCUGUGUCACUCAUUAAUGAAUUCUUAAAAGUACUGGUUUUCCAGAAACAUUUAAAUUUAUUACAUAUUGAUAGAUUUUGGAAGAUUUUUGUCCACUGCUCAAAAUCUGAAUGGGGAAUGAACAAUUCUCAUCUUUUUGACGUGUUGUGCCACAAUUUUAUUCUCUCAGGAUACGUCAAGACAUUCAAGCUAUAGUACUAAAUACAACAUGUUUUUAUCAAGGUUUUUAGGUGACCAAGGCGUCAUACAUAGCCAAUGCUUUUCAAAUGCAUUAAAGUUUUUAGUUAAUAUAAUUAUACACUAAUGGUUUAAAUGAGAAAGGAUAUUUAUAAAUUUAUAAUACUAAAACCAUAAAGACAAUUAUGUAAGUAAUAUUUAUUAAGAGUAUUUUGUUAAUUAUGAAAUUAUUAAAUGGUUAUAUCCGAAAAAUUAAAUUAGAAAAUAUGGGAAAAAUUUAAACCAAUGAAGAUUUUUUAUUUUAAUAGAAUAAAUGAGGAGGAAUAUUUGAAUUAAAUAAUAAAUCAGAUAGGCCAAGAUUAACCUCAUUUUGAGUGAUCAUUAUUUAACGAAUUUUUAUGAACACUUUAGUGGAUUUGCAUUUGAAAUACUAGCUUUCAACCCUUCUUGAGAUAGAAUGUAUUCUCACAUGAAAUGUUUAUAAAUGUGUUUUGUGGGUUAUGCUAGCUCUUUUGCUAAAACAUAUGGAAUUCAUUUCGUAAAGGUCAUUUUUCAUUGGUACAUUCUUGGCUAUUUUAUCAUGACUUCUAUGAGUUGCAAGUUUUUACUGUCAAGGUUGGAAGGUAAUCAGGGUAUGAGUUAAAUGUCGUGAGAUUCUUUAUUGGGAUGAAAGUGUUAAUUUGUCAAUUACAAAAGCCUCUGCUGUUGAUUAAAGAAACCAUACAGUUCAAUGUUUGACUCUGUUUAUAUUUUUAACAAUGUUGAAUGAUUCUUUUAUCUCAUGUGACGAUUUGGGCUUUUAGUGGUUAGUUAAUAUCCAUCAUUGACCUUGAUCUCACUUUUUACUGCAUUCCAUUUCUUGGACACGUCUGAUGGUUUAUACACCAUUUUCUAAUGUGUAAACUGUGUUAAUCUGUCUCCUUACAGAGGUGGCGGUGAACUUUCGACUAGAGAUUUGCAGAAAAUGGUCCAAGCAUUACCUCAAUAUAGUGAGCAAGUUGACAAGCUUUCCCUGCAUGUAGAUGUUAGUUACUUCUUCUGCACGUUGGUUUCUUUAUUUAUUCUCCUUGGGAAACUAGCCUUUCUUUUCUAACAGAAAUACUUAACAAAUAACUUCUUUGAAUGUGAUUGAAAAGUGAAUCUUCUCAUUCAAAUGUCUCGUUACAGUUUUGAUUUGUUGCUGCGUAGAGUCAUGCCAUCAUGGCACAGGCCAUGCAAUUUUGUCUAGUAAAGUUCUAUAUUUUAGUGCUAUUUUCAUGUUAGUAAAAAUAAUGUAAACAUACGAAGAUAUAAGAUUUCAAAUAGGAGAAUAGGUUUGCUUGGCCAGCUGAUCUCAAUAUUGAACAUGGUAUCUGGAAUUAACAUAGUUUGAUUUGGUAUACCUUAUUAAUGAUCAAAACAACGGGAACAAUGGAUUGCGAUUGGGGAUAAAGUACGAUAAUGGAAUAAAUGAAUAUUCAGUGAGAUAAAUGAAGAAAGAGGGAAAUAAUUUUAUCCACUUGAUUAGGGUGAUAGCUGCAACUUACUCUUCUAAUUUCCAGUGUAGAAAAAAUAUAAUUUGAUGUUGACGGUGAUGAAGCAAGAAGUUCUGUUGGAAGAACAGUCACAGUAGAGAUCAUUAACUGCAGCUAUGAUAGUCAAAUGUAGGUUAGUGCUGUGCGUCCUGAUGAUCUGCAACUUUUGGCCCUGGCUUGGGUUGUGAAAUGUCGAGACUUCUUUUAGAUGGAGUUAGAUAGUUAAGAGCCAAUUGCUUUCUAGUGUAAGAGCCAACGAGUGUGGUUACAGAUGGAACAUUUGUUAUCUCCAUUGUUAAGACUCAACCCCAAGGCGCCUCCAUCUCAGCAAGAUGCGGAUCAUAGUCUCAUGUUGUCACUAGGAUAUUCUUGUCAUCCUCAACAAUGUAUCGGCGUGCAGUUUCUUGUGGUGUAUGCUGACUCCAAGAAAGCCCUGUACACAAAAAGGCCGGUUAUGCUAGUACAUCUGGACUGAACGAUCAUAACUAAGUGGUAUGCAGGGCUCCAGUUUUUCUCAUCUAUGAGAUGAGAACUUUUGACACAGGACGAAGGAAGCAUCUGUUUACCCUACAAGCACUUGCCUGUGGCAGGAGGAUAGAAGACGGGGCAUCUCUUGGUGCAGGCCAAUGCUGAGAUGGACCCAGAUAGACCUAGAUAUUAAUCUAGAGGAUGACAACAAGAUCAGCUUUGGUUAAUAUAAUGUCGAAAAAGAUGUUAGGAUGGAAAUAUUAGUGGGAAAAAGAGAUUUUCUUGUGUUAUGUUAACCAUGCAACUAUAGGUGAAUGCUACCAGAUCUACAGAAAAAUCCUCCAAUUUGUGUUUAUCCCUUCACGAUGCAGUGAUGGUAGUUGUCCAAUGUCUUACUAGCCAAUUCAAUUGGAUCGUUAAUUAAUGGUCAUGAUUGACGCUUAAGUUCAUGGGUGUGUCAGACCUUCCAUAGGGUAAGUGAAAAGUGAGAUAGAAAUUUGGUGUCAUAGAAGUAAUUGCUUAGGUAUUCUAUCUAAACAAAGUACUUGUUCGAAAGAAAUAUUAACCAUGUGCUCUAUGUUGCUUGUCUUUUAUCAUAUAAUGAAGUUGACCUGUAUACAAUGACAUGUUAUGUUAUUCUUCCACUGAUAUAAUGUGUUUUUUGUAUGGCUUACUAUGGAUAAGCAAAAACAAAACUCUUCUUGUAAAUGAAAUCCUCUUCUUGACUAAUACCAUACAUGAUGUAGCAGAUUAUUGGAUCACGUUCAGUUUUUUUUGAAUAUUUUGGAAGUAAAAUCAUGACCUUAAGUUCACAAGGAACAUGAUUUUGUUAAAAAACUCCUUGGUUUGAGUCCACAAAACAUAGAGAUUUCAGCCUUCGAAUCCACAAGGGGUUGAUCUUGAGUCCACAUGUUCAAAAAUGGCUUCCUGAGUCCAUAGGGAUGUUAGAGUCCACUAGCAAAUGGAGAGUAUGUACGAGCAAAAGAAACUCAUGAAAUUUAUUCAUUGAAAUUAGAAUGUCUCUUGGGCCACAUGGGGUGCCUUUUAAUAGGUUGAAGUCUCUUGAUUCGUCAUCUAAAUUUGAAUUUUAAAUGAAAUUCGAAAAUAGAAAUAUAAGUUUUAAAAUAGAAAGAAAUUAAAAAUUGAAGGAAGGAUAAAAAUAGAAAGAGCUAAAAAUAGAUAGGAGGUAAAAAAAAAGAACUAAAAAUAAAAAUAUGAAAGGGGAAAUCUAAAUAUGAAUGUCUUAAAACAUGUCUUGUUACAUGCCCAAUUUCAUAAUUUUGCGAACUUCAACUUAAAUGGGUCUUCAGGCUGUUUAUGCUUCUGCUCCACUUGAUAUAGUACUUAAAUGGUCUGCCUUACCAUAUUAACUCUCUAUUAGCCUAUAUGAUUCUUGCAAAUAAGCAAACCCCUUUAUUUUAGUUUGCAAGGUCAUUGUGCAACAAUUUUAAAAGUGUACUCAUCACAUGAUUUAGUCAACUUCAUUAAUGUUUUAAGUUGAAACUAAAUUGUCAGACAAAUGUUAUCUAUGGUACAUACUUAUUAAUGUUUUAUGAAUAAUAGUUUGAAUGUUGAUUGUAGUACCUGGUGAUCAAAUUCUUGGUAUGCCAAGCAUUACUCAUUUGUGCUAUGUAUGCACCACAACAUAAAGCACCAUCUAAUUGGUGGUUCACUUCCAGUGUGCUUUAUGAAGAUUUAUUUCUGUAAAAUGCUAUUACUUGCAUCUCUUGUGAUAACAUUACUUGUGUCCUCACAAUUGAACCAAUAUAUUCUAUCGUGAACAUUAAUUGAAAAUAUGGCAAGGCAACUAUUUAAAUACUAUUUCAUGUGUACUUUUAGUUCAACACAAAGAAUUUAUAUUUAUAUAUAUUUAUUAGUAACAUUGCUGAUUUUUUUACUAUCAAGACAUAUAUGGUGGUUUUUAAGAUUUUUUGUUAUAUAUAAAGCUGGAUACAUACAGACUCAUCUGUUCUUGUGCUAGCCCAUUUUACAUCAAGCCAUCUAAUUGUUCUUUGAUAAUUUUAUGCUCCUUAGGACUCAUUCAUAAAUGAGAUUCCUUAGGUAGGCUUGGCCAAGGACUGAAGUUAACGUGGUGCUCACCUUUGGUGUGAGAGAAGAGAUUGUUAGGCACACCCUUAGAGUACUAGCAUGCUGAAAUAGAAGAAGAAGAUUUCUCUUGAUGUUGAUUCUACCUUAGAUGAAUUUUUGCAGCUUUAUCAACAUCUUAUUAGAACCAUUCUCAAUAAACAUUUAUAACGAAUUUUUCUUCUGUGAUAUGAUUUUUAUCUGAUCUUUUUUCCAUAGUUGAUAAAUGAUCUUCUCAUUAUUCUUCUAAAUGGAACUAAUGUUGUGCAUACCAAGACAUAAUAUUGCCAUCAAACUAUCAUGACUUUUCUAAAGUUAUACAAUAUGCAUCCAUAUUGAUUGCAUCACAUUAUUGAGUUUUUAUCUCCUUAUUAGAUAUCUUCUUGGUUCAUCUAACCUUAUACAAGUGGGGUGCUUCUUUGUUUUUGAUAGAAACAAAAAGUACACAAAGGAGAGAGAGAGAGGAGAGAGAGAGAGAGAGAGAGAGAGAGAGAGAGAGAGAGAGAGAGAGAGAGAGAGAGAGAGAGAGAGAGGGAGGGAAAGGGAAAGGGAAAGGACUCGACUCAAACCCUAAUUGAGAGACUCAAGGGACCUAGAUGGGCAGAUAGGGCUCAUACCUAGUUGGACUGAUAUGGCCAUGACCUAGAUGGGCCUAUAAAAUUCAACAUCCCCCCUCAAGCUGGAGCAUAUAUGUCAUAUGCACCUAGCUUGUUACAUAGAAAUUGUAUCCUAUGAAAAUUCAGAGACUAGGUGAACACAUGCAAGUUGAUCUGUAGAGUUAACUUAGACUAUAGUGAUGAGUUUCACUUGGAUCUUUUCUUUGAUGAAGUGACAAUCAACUUCAAUGUGUUUUGUUCUCUCAUGAAACAUAGGAUUAGACGAGAUAUGAAUUGCUGCCUGAUUUUCACAUUUAAACUCCACAGGACCUUCAUGAUGAAAACCAAGUUCUUCAAAAAGAUGUAUGAUCCAUAUAAGUUUACAUGUAGUAUAUGCAUUGCCUUGUACUAUGAUUCAUCACUUAAUUGCAAGAUCACAUGUUGUUUCUUACCUUUCUAAGAAAUAAGAUUGCCACUAAGGAAAUUAUUGUAGUCAGUAAUAGAUCUCUUGUCUAGACUGCAAAAAGCCCAAUCGACAUUUGAAAAACCUUGUGCUGUGUGAUGACCAUUAUUCUUGUAUAGCCGUCUUCUAUUUGGACUAUCUAUGAGAUUCCUCAAUAUUUGUAUGCUCAUAUUGAGAUGCUUGGUGUAUGGUUGUUCCAGAAAUUGAUUCACCACAUUAGUAGCAAAAGAGAUGGUUAAAAGGAAAUUUUGGUACAUGGGCUGAUUUAAGAGAUAGUUCAAAUGAUGGAGAUAUUGUCCCCACACCUAAGAUAUGUGUGGUUGAUUUGUUAGUUAGGGUAACAUUAGAGACACCAGGAUGACUAGAAUAAGAUGUAAACUUGCUAGAUAUGCCUAUUAUAUGAUUAGAAGCACUAAUGUCAAGAAUUCAAAGUGGCGAUUCACUAGUGAAGAAAUAUGAGAUUCUUGAGAAAUACAAGGAGUGCACACUAUCUGAAUGAGAAAUGCAACUAUUGAUGAGACCUGCUGAGCUGCACAAGACUGGGGGAUUUGAGUGUACUCAUUUGACAAUAUCAUCUGGCGAGUAACUCUAUUCUCCCCCUUCUCUCUUGAAGCAGCUAGAUUGGUUGUUUUAGAGGAUGUUCAUGUAAGUCAUAACAGGUAUUUCUAGUGUGACCCCUUCUUCUACAAUGAGUGCAGUCACGUGAAUACCAACACCUUGCCCAUGGCCACGUGAGUAGUCUCUGCAGCUGCUUGAGUAGACAUCGAGGCAGUGGUCUCACUAGCUGUUGAAGUAGUUCGUGUACCUUCCUAGGUUAGAAAAGCCUGAGAGAUAUGUUGAUAUGUCUCAGCAGGUGAUGACAAUUCAUCUCCAGAUAGAAUCUGACUACGAACACCAUCAUAUUCUGCUCAAAGUCCACAAGAAACUUCAGGAUAGUCAUUUGUGCACGCUGGUUUGGCAUCAUCUGAAUGUCCCUAGAGAUAGGUAAUAAAGUAUGAAGAUCAUCCCUGAGUCACGUCACCUCACUAAAAUAUUGACUCAAGCUCUUAUCUCCUUGCUUCAAUCCAUAAUAUUUAAUAAUCAUAUCAUAUAUUCCUGAAAUAUUAUUAGAAAACGUAAGAACAAGAUGGUCCCAUAUUGCCUUACAAGUAUCAAGAUGAUUUAUCAAAUCAUCAACAUUUGACUCCAUAGAGUUCCAUAAUAUGCUGAGAAGAUUUGCAUCUUGUUGUUUCCAUUGUUCCAAUCUAGCUGGAUCAGAGGGGGGGGGGGUCCAUCUGUGAGGUGCUUAGUCUUGUUUUGACCUUUGAAAUAGGUCUUGACAGAUCUACUCCGUAGAGUAUAGUUCUUGUCAUUUAAUUUUCAAGUUGUAAUGAUAUUACUCCGGAUUGUUGCUGUUGAUUGCAGAGCUAUCAAGGAUUUUGAUUCAUCAGCCAUCACGGGGAAAAUAAUAGACACAAUCCAAAUUUGAUUGUUGACUUUGACCAUUAACUCUUAAUUGAGUCGUUGAAUUUUGACUUGACUGUUGACUACUGAUCCCUGUGGAGAGAGUGCCACUUGGUAGUGACAUUGGCUGUGGGUGUCUCUCUGGUCUCUGCCAGAUGAAGGAUGAGAGCCCUCCAAUCUGGGUUGGAAGGAGACGCAGACAGAUGGAGAUGGGGGUGAUGGCGACCAGAAGAUGGUGCCAAACAGAAGAUGAUGCCAAACAGAUGAAUGGUGCCGAAUAGAGAAACCCCAGAUAGGGGCAGCAGUGGACAGGGUGGUGCCGUACUGGUGGCAGGAUCAGACAGGGGUGGUGCUGGUAGCGGUGAUGGUGAGCGGAGGACAUCUUGCCCCACCUCUAGGGUUUCUGCCAGAUGGAACCCACUCUGAUACCAUGAUGGAAAUAGAGAGUACAUAAAGGAGAGAGAGGGAGAGGGAGAGGGAGAGGGAGAGGGAGAGGGAAGGACUCAAAACCUAAUCGAGAGGCCAAUAUGGCCAUGACCUAGAUGAGCCUAUAAUAUUCAAUAGUUUUCAGUCCUAAAUUUUAAACCAUUAUUAUUGGAAGAACGUUGCAAUUUUCUAUCACUAUCAAUAAUAACAUAUCAUAGCUAUCAGUCUACAGUGGAACUCUGAAACAAGUGCGAUCGUGUAUGCCUCUAUUAGGUGUGAAUAUCAUAUUCCUUACUAUUAAAUAUGAUAAUAACUUCAAUAAUCAUGCACAUCUUAAUAAUCAUACUUGCCUUUUCCUUGUUAUCAGAUUGCAUAAAAUUUAUUUACCUGAUGGUAGACAAAUAUUAGAUGUCACCCGAAGUCACUACACGUGGUGUUUACCUUGGUGUGGAUAUGCAUAAAGAUUUUCGUUUACAGGUUAUGCUACUUGAUCCAUUUGUGAUCUUGGUAUUUACACCAAACAAUAUUGUUAUUAAUUAGGUUGUCUCUAUCAUGGAAACGACAUUGCCACGGAGGCAAGCUUGAAUUUUAAAACCUUGCUCAGAUGCUUCCUUGCGUUGGAGAAAUUGAUAAGCAGACAGAAAAACUUGAAUGCACAUAGCAAAAAGAAAAACAUAGAGCAUUCAGAGAGAACAUGGACAUUGUUUAUUGGUUGCUCCGAUAAAAGGACCAUUUUUAUGCAGUUGCUUCAAAGAAGAAGAAAAUGCCAAAUUCAGGCCUAUUAAAGGCUUUUACCAAAACAAAGCUGCUUUCAUUUCAUUCUCUUUGGAAAACGAAAUUACCAGUUUAAAUGUUAAACAAUUUGCUAAAAGUUGAUUGAGGCUGUAGCUUAUUCCUUGGACACAAUGUUGCAUGUGAGAUAUCUAAUACCUAAGAAACAAUCUUUGUUCAAUGCUGUGCACCCUAUCGACACUUUGGACAAGCAGUACAUGACAAUGACAUGUUUUGCCAUGCUAUCUGCUUAGUGAGCAUAGUUAUUCUUGUUGUUUCUUUUAUCGUGAGAGAAUUGAGUUGUCUUGCCAUGAGGAGUUUUGAUUUAAAUUCGCAAACACUAUAAUGAUGAAUUUUUUUUUCUGUCAACUGAUUGUGUACAUCUGUAUAUCCAUCUGCUUGUUUUGAGAGUUGAUAGUGGGAAUGUAUCUCCCUGUUUUCAUUUUAAUAGAUAACGUUUGGAACCAUCUGCUGUCAGGAAAUCAUGCUUUUUAUUUUUAAUCGCCUCUUGUAAUGAAUCUUGGAAAGGAGAAAGUAGUCAUGUAAUUAUACUGGUUGUCACUUGUUCCACAAUAAAAUGUUAAAUGAAUGUAUUUCUUGUGAAUUUAAUUUAUUAUUAUGCUGAAAUUUCUUUUUUGCAGAUUGCUGGAAAGCUAAACAAACUAGUCAGGGAGCUUGGGCUUCGGGAUGUUGGUCAGCUAGAGCAAGAUCUUGUUUUUGGGGAUGCAGGGACAAAGGAAAUGAUCAAUUUUCUCCGGGCAAAUCAGGUUCUUUUGCAAAAAAAGUUGCUGAUCGAGAUUAACUAGUCUUAGACCAUGCUAUUUUCCAAUCUGGCAGGAGAUAACUCUGAUGAGUGAUGGCCUUUGUGCAGGAGGCAACUCGCGAAAACAAGUUGCGUUUGCUAAUGAUUUAUGCUUCUAUUUAUCCAGAGAAGUUUGAAGGUGACAAAGGCUUAAAGUUGAUGCAGGUAACUAUUUCUCUCUUCAUCAUUUACUCGGCAUGAUUUUUGAAUGAAGUUCAUGAACAUAAUGUUGAGUCUAAUGGGAGUUUUUACCAGUAUCUGCAAAUAACUAACUACAACUGUAGAUGCAGCUCAAUGAUACCAUUUAUGAAUGGAAGAUGUAGAGUAUAUGAUUUAGAUACCCUUAAAAAAAUAGACCUGUAAAGUAGUCCCACUCUUUAGUAGUGUAUUGUUUUUGGGAUUCUCUUCAGGCAUGGGAGGCAUGAGAGUAAUUGAAUUUAUUAUUUUAUUGGUCGGAUUAUAGAAUAUUCUUUGAUUUUCAUGACUUGUUUACUAUUUAAAUAAUGGGGGAGUCCUGCCAGGUGUAUUGUUUAUGUGGCUGAUAGAUCGUUUUACAGUUUAAUAGGUGAGAAUUUACCGGUUAGAUUGGAUGAUAUUGGGAAAGUUUCAGGUUCUGUACCCUAGACAUAUGGUUAAAGGUGGUACAGUUUUGAUAUCCAAUUUAAUUACCAAAAUGAAACGUACUUUUUUAUCCAUAAAUACUUGAGGAAAAUAUAGUAGCUCAUGAAUACAGUUUCACUCAGAACCAGUUGUUUUAUGUUACAUUAACAUAGAGCACUAUAUCGGAAUCAAAUUCUAUUAAGAAACGUGUUUGGCAAAGUUUAACCUGGAGUAACAGCACAAAACACUAGCAUGUAGGCAUGCUGAGAUAGUGUACUGUACGUAAUCAAAUUGAUUGAUAACAUAACAGCCAGAGAUGUGUAGAUUUUUUUUAUAAUUAAUGCCAUAGGUUAACAUAAAUGUUUAUGUAUUGUAAAAUUUCCAGGUAAUGAUACGAUCUGUUGAAGUUUAGAUAAUGUUCACUGUUUUACACCUGACAGAAACGUAGAAGUACUAGGACCUGGCUCUGAUCAACUUUUCCGAAAGAAAUGAUUCUUUCCAAUUAUGCAAAUUUUAUUCAGCCUGUUCUGUCCUGAGUGCUCUCCUUAAGGACAACAUUCCUUACCAUACAUAUUAAAGUGUCAGUAUACAGAAUAGAUGUAGAAUAUACGAAAAUUGCACUCCUUUCCCUUCUGUUUAUCUCCCCAUAGGUGCAGAGAUAAAUCUGUUAGUUGGAUGCCCUGCUUCCUAUGUCUGGAGAUAAACUUAAAAAAAUGUUUUAGUUUGUUCAGCACAGGAAUUUCCUGCUUCCCAUGAGAAUGUUUGCUGAGUUAAAGUUUUCUUUAUACUUUUUAUUUCUUGCAGAAAAGGAUGCAUAUUUGAGGUUUCUUGGCACUGGUUCUCAUCUUUAUCAGACAUUCUUUGCUUCAUAAUGAUUUGCAUGAUUCCUUGAAGUUGUUUUUGCAUGGUUUCUGGUGUUGGUCGAUUUCUAGUUCUGAUUAAAUGCUAUCCGGACCUCAAUUCUUUUAUGUUGAAACUUGGAUGCAUAAAUGGAGCAUAAUUUUUCUGCAAAAUUGUACUAAGGAUCUGGUUUUGUUGAUCUGAAAGAAUGCCAGAACUUCUAUGCUCCUCAACCUUUUUUCAUCAGCCUGCAUGGGCAGUUCAAGAUGAAUCUUUUUCAGUUUAUGUUUUCAUUUAAGUAUUUGCAAAUUAAGCCCCUGCCGUGUGGAUUGUUGGUAACAGGACCUUUUGUUUGCCAUAUUCAUAUAUUUUCUAGCUGAAUCUUAGCUGUAUCGUUGCCCACUUUUGUACUUUUGUGGUUAUGUAUACCAUGUCUAUGUUGAAUAAAUCGGUUGAAUGCAUAAGUUAGUAAUAUCUUUUGAUUCUUGUUUUUAUCAUGCAAAAUCAAUUUUGCAUGAGAGCUGGAUGAUGCUAGAACACACAAUGAGACGGAAGUCGUAACUAUUGUUUGAUAUUUACUCAUCACAGACCAUUAUUUUCGCUUUCCCCAAAGCAUGGUUGGUAGAUAGAGUAUGGUGUUUGCAACUUGAAUGUCUCUUUUUCUUCAUAGACAAUGCAUUAGUCUGUUAAUGUAGUGUUACAUCUACUCCUUUCUUGUACCAUGGCUUUUGGUUUUUGCUAUCAGUCCUGCGCAUAGUUCCUUGCAGCAGUCAUACAAAGAGAAGUGAACUCUGCCGUACUUUCAGUGAUCGAAGAACAUUCAUUUUUGUCGCCUUGGGUUCCUUUUCUUUCUUUUCAGGAUCUCCAUUCUUUGCAUUCUGUUCAUUUUGUUUCAGUCUGAACAAACUGAUUUGAUUUGUAACAGAUAUUUUGAUGUUCGUAGCUAUUAACAUUUGUUGUUAUUAACUAAAUUCGUGUCGUGGUAGUGAUUCUAAUCUUUUUCUUUCUCAGUGAAACGAUUUCAGUUAGUCUUUGGCUACGUCAAUUACAUGCUUUGUGGAAAAUGUCGUCCUGAUAUGAAAAGGGUUUGAAUGUUUUGGUUGUCUGCUUAUGUUUGUGGUGGAAAGGGAGUUCUUUUGUUUAAUCUGAAUGCCAUCUUUUGACUCAUUUAUUUUGUUUGAUUGUCCUUCAUCUUGAUGGUGUCCUUGUGCGUAGUAAUUUCCAUUUUAUAAUGAAGUUUAGACUUACAUUCACAUUGUCUGCUUUUCUGAUCACGUACGAACAUAUUUUUAUCGAUGAACUUUUCUGAGAGGUGGUCUGAUCUUUGUCAAACAUUAUUUUAUGGUGCAUAUGGCUAUAUUAUUAACUUUGUACCUUGAUUUAACCUUGAUUGUAUGUUUACCUUGUAACAUGUGCCCCUUUUAUUUUACAGUUAGCCAGAUUAUCUUCUGAUGAUAUGAAUGCUGUAAAUAACAUGAAAUUCUUGGGGGGCUCAGAUAGCAAGAAGGCAACUGGUUCUGGUUUCUCUCUCAAAUUUGACAUACAAAAGGUAGACAUCUGUAUGUGUUGUCUUUAAAUUCUUCAAUUUCCUGUUCUUCCUUCCACAGUAAUUACUUUUUGGUGCUUACUCAGCGUUUUUCCUUUUAAUUUAGAAGAAGCAUGCUUCCAGAAAGGAGCGGCAUGAUCAGGAAGGAACAUGGCAACUUGCACGGUUCUAUCCCAUGAUAGAGGUGGGUUAGCACUCAUGCCUGUAGGUGAUCAAUGUAGAGGAACAGCAGUAUGUUUCCUCAUCAAUUACUGUCAAAAUGAUUUUGUAUUUUUAUCUCUUUUUCAGGAGCUAAUUGAGAAACUCAGCAAAGGUGAACUGCCAAAGGAUGAGUAUCCGUGUAUGAAUGAUCCAAGUCCAUCGUUUAACGGAACAUCAAUUUCAUCCACGCGUUCAACUCAACCAGCACAGUCAAUAAGAUCUAGACGAACUGCAACCUGGGCUAAACCUCGCAAUUCUGAUGAUGGGUAUUCAAGGUAUAUUUUAGGAGCUUAUGCUUAGUGGGCACUUUCAACACUCCCUAUGAUAAUGAUAUUUCUGGUCAUCGAUUACAAGAGUGAAGUUUCAUUUGCUGGAUUAGUAUUUUUUCUUAGAAGAAAAAUGCAUCCUUGGAACUUUGAUGAUUCUUAGAAUCAAGUUUUAGUAUCUGCACCUAUUUUAUCAUUGGUGCCGGAACUUAAUAGAUGUUCAGGAAUAAAUUUCUCAUGAAACAUUUUGUAGUUUUAUUUAUGGGAGUUGGGUAAAGCUUUUCACCGCCUUACUUCUGAUCUUCAUGAGGACUAAUGUGUCAGGCUCUCCAUAAUUGCAUGCGUGGAGGGUUCUGACUGUAUGAAGAAGGGUUGGGCCGUUUCAAACUGGCUCCACUUGGGUGCAAGUUACUUCAGUUGAUGAGUCAAAGAAACUUUAUGCUAUUAUUGUCUGAGAAAGAACAGGCAGCUGAAGUGACAAUGAUCCACAUCACCAAUCCAUUAAUCUCAUAGGAGUCAUCCUUCCUAUUUUCUCAUUCCAAUGCAACACUUGGAUCUGAGUGAAUGGAAAUGAGAUGUGAUGAAUAGGAUGGGCUAGUUUCGAAUUGUUAUAUUAUAGUUUCUUUUAUAGUUGGAGUUUUGUCUUAGCCGUUGUCUACAAAGGGAAUUCUGAAUAUAUAUUUUUUUACUUUAUAAAUUUCUGUUAAGAUUUGUAACAUAGCUCAUAUGAGUUGGCUGAGUCAGACCUAGUCCAUCUGAUCUGUUCAGAUUUGUCUGUCUGAAUUGGAGCCCGAGUCUGAGUUGGUGACAAUUGAUUGGUACAUUCAUUGUUAUUGCUCUUAACUCGUUAAAGACCUUAGAUGUGAGCUUUAAAACUUUUUUUUGGUGAUUUAUCAAACCCUCUGUCUGUUGUGACCUCUGCUGAUACUUUACAUCACUCGGCUUGUUCGCUUACAAGCCAUCAAGCAUGAACUAUUUUGAACCGGUUCAUGUUCUUUAUUAUUUUCUAAAAUGUUCUUAAUCUUUUGGAGUAGGAUUAACUAUGAGAUCCAUCUGUACUAUCCUCUUAAAAGAAAAUUGAGAUCCAUUCGAAAUCUUCAAAUCUUAAGUUGAUGCAUAGAUCUUCUAAUCAUUGGUUUAAAUUGAAAUUACCCCAUUGACUUUCAUCCUUAUUAUGUAUUAUAUAGUUUCCUAGCUGUCACCUAGGAAGUGAGUCAUUAUUAGUCACUGCAGCACAUAAUCAAGGAAGACGAAAAGGUUUUCAUCUUGGUCACUUGGGGCACUGGUGGUCUUCUGUUGUUUUUCUUGAGCAUUUAUUUGUAUAAAGCCCUAUUGGACAAAAAAUCUUCGUUUUAUUUCUGUACUUCAUAUGUAGAAGACAUUCGUGUCAUAAAAAGUAGUUAUGAGCCUCUAGGACGGCUGUGAAUGGCAUACCGAUUGGAUUCUCUCAGAUGUUGAAUGGUAAGUGCUUUACCUCAUCUCUGGGCUAUCAAACCACUGUCAUCAAUUACUGCAUCAAUUAGCUAAUAACCUUAUCGACUUUUAUGAACCACCGAAUAGGUUGGUGAGAAUCUAUUUUGGCAGAAAAAAAGCUCUGUAAAAGGAUGAUGUAAUAUUGUUACUUAGUAAUUAUAUAUCUUGUCAUGGAGACACUUCAAGUAAUUGAUAAAAUUUCAAACAUAAGGAUUUUUUUUUAUAUUCUAUUUGUGUGUAAGUUCUUCAUGAUGUCAAUUGAUUGAAUUGGCGUAAGAUAAAUAGUAAUAUGAAAUUAAUAUAUCUUUAGUGCCAAAUUUUUUGGUACGAACUAUCUUUUUCGUGAUUAUUCUAAAAUACUGCAACUGUCAAUGUUUUCUUUUUUGUAAUAAAAGGUUUCUGAUAGUUUUUCACAUAAGUUACUGAAGUUAGGAUUCGUUUAGCUUGAAGCUUUCUUGUUUAUUCCGAUAUACUGUCAACUGGCCUUCCCUCUUAUUUUCAAUUCCAUGUGGGUAUUAUUAAUAGAAAAUAUAGGACUAGUGCUGGUUGGUAUGUUGAAUUUGAGGCUGCAACGCUGGGGGACACUGUACCUUAACCUAAUUUUUUAUUUGAUUUUAAUAGAUAUUACCUGUUUAUAACUAAUUGAUAAUUGGAAAAUGACUUUUCAGUGACUCUAUACUGAAGCAUGCAUCCAGUGACUUUAAAAAGAUGGGCCAGCGCAUUUUUGUGUUUAUUAUUGGUGGAGCAACUCGAUCUGAGGUACCAUUUUAUCUUUCGUGUUACGAGAAAGAUGGGCCAGCGCAUUUUUGUAUUAUUGUAUUUAUUUUGUACAAUUUGAUCUUUCGUGCAAUUUUAUUAUUGGUGGAGCAACUCCUUUUUGAUUCCUUCCCUUUCAGGACCCACCCUUUUAUCUUUCGUGUUACAAUUUUUCCUUUUAAAAGUAAUAGUAAUCUUCCCUGUUUCACCUUCACCUUGCAUUUUCACAGCUGCGUGUUGUUCACAAGCUCACUUCCAAGCUAAAGAGAGAAGUUAUCCUUGGGUCAUCCAGUCUUGAUGAUCCCCCACAGUUCAUGACGGUGAGAAUGUUUGACCCUUGUUCCAUAUAUCCGAUGAUGAAUUUCCAUUUCCGUGAGCAUCAUUUUAUUGUGUAUUACAGAUAAUUCAUCUUGUUAUCUUCGAAAUGUCUUUUUAUUGGACCCCCAAUACCAUUCCUAUCCUUAGCCUGUUUGAUUGUAAAUCAUUGUGAUUCAAGAAUGUUGUCUUGGACAUUGGAAUUAAGAGUAUGACAUUGGCCUGGAUAAAUAUUAUGUUUCUGUUACUUCAACACGGUUGAGAACCGCCGCAUUAGAUCUUAACUCUGCUUUCGAUCACCUAGAUAGUUAUAUUAAUUGGUUUUAUGCUCUUCUUCCGUCAAUGCCACUGCAGAAACUGAAGCUGCUGUCUCAAGACAUUAUGUUGGACGAUCUCCACCUUUAA